GCGAGACGAGGAGCAGCGAGCACGGCGGACCGAUACAUUGCAAUUUCUCGUUAUGGAGCACAGAACAAAAGUGGAAGUGGAAACAUGCAUUAAAGUGAUGGAAGAGUUGGUUGCAGAAUUGCAACAAUUUCUGGAACUUCUUGACCAUGAAUACCUGACUUCAUCUGCCCGACAGAAAAAGACUGCAGUCUAUCACAUUCUGCAGAGAAUCAAGUCAAUAUCUGAUUGUCAAAUGCAAAAUUCCACACAGAAGCAUGAUUUACCAUGCAGUGUACCUGCUCCUCCUCAGAUUCCUCUCCCUGAGAUACCUCAUCCAUGGCAGCCAUUAGAGAACAGUCCACCACCGCUGCCAACGUCUUCUUUGCCUGAAGGGUAUUAUGAAGAAGCAGUGCCCCUGAGUCCCGGAAAAGCCCCAGAAUACAUCACUUCUCGAGACUAUGAUUCAGAUGCCAUGAGCAGCUCCUAUGAAUCAUACGAUGAAGACGAUGAAGAUGGGAAGGGAAAGAAACUGAGGCAUCAGUGGCCAUCUGAGGAGGCCUCAAUGGACUUGGUGAAAGAUGCCAAGAUCUGUGCUUUUCUUCUGCGCAAGAAACGUUUUGGACAGUGGACUAAACAAUUCUGUGUGAUUAAAGACAACAAGUUGUUGUGCUACAAAAGUUCAAAAGACCAUCAGCCUCAGAUGGAGUUGUUGCUGACAGCGCACAACGUAUCCUAUGUUCCGAAAGACAGCAAAAGGAAAAAACAUGAACUACGGAUUACCCAGCAAGGCGCAGACAUGCUGGUAUUGGCCGUGCAAAGCAAAGAGCAAGCAGAGGAGUGGCUGAAGGUGAUAAAAGAUGUUGUUGUACUUUGCAACGUAACUACUGAAGCAGAUGGAUCCAUGACCAUUUUUCCCGUAAACAAGGCAGAACUGGAAAAGAAGUUAUCUUCAGAGAAGCCAAAUUCAGAUGGUGAAGGGCACUUGGAGAAUGGGACUCAUUUUGGAAUAACAGAUGGUAAAGAUCAGGGUAAAGGGAAGAAAAAUGCAAAGGCAGAACCAAAAGGAGCUGUGAGCAAGGUCACAGGAAAGAAAAUUACAAGAAUUAUUGGUCUGGGGAAGAAGAAGCCAUCAACAGAUGAACAGACCUCCUCUGCUGAGGAAGACAUCCCAACUUGUGGCCACCUGAAUGUACUGUCAAAUAAUCGUUGGAGGGAGCGGUGGUGCAGAGUGAAAGAUAACAAGCUGAUCCUUCACAAAGAUAGAACUGACCUGAAAAUUCACAUGGCUUCCAUCCCACUGCGUGGAUGUGAAAUCAUUCCAGGCUUGGAUUCCAAACAUCCGUUGGCAUUCCGCCUGCUCAGGAAUGGGCAGGAAGUUGCAGUAUUGGAGACCUCCUCUGGAGAGGAACUGGGAAGGUGGCUUGGCAUCUUACUAUCUGAAACUGGUUCUUCCACAGAUCCAUCAGCCCUACAUUAUGAUUACAUUGAUGUAGAAACAACAUCUAGUGUUAUACAGACUGCAAAACAAUGCUUCAAUUUAUUACAUAGACGCUCAAUAUCACCUAACAGAUAUGGUGGCAACAUCACUAAUGGAUAUGCAUGUCCGCGUGGAAUCUCUCUUCAUUAUGAUGAUGUACCUUGCCUAAAUGGAACAAUCAAAGGGAAGAAAACGCAAACAGUUGUAAAUGGUACAACAGUGAAAGCAAAGGGUGUAAGCAGCCAGGCGAAGAAACCAAACCCUAGCACAAAUGUUAAACGCACUGCAUCAAAUGCUGAUCAAUAUAAAUAUGGAAAAAAUCGAGUGGAGGCUGAUGCAAAAAGAUUGCAGUCGAAGGAGGAAGAUUUGAAAAAGCAGAAAGAAAUCUUACGCACCCGUCUAGCACAACUGAGAAAAGACAAAAGGGAGCUGAGAACAGCCAUUGAAGCAUGUGCAGGUAAGAAGUCUCAGGUUGCUCUGGAGGCAAACCUAAAGAAACUGGAGGAGGAAUGUAAGGCUAAAGAGGCUGAGCGUGUGAACCUGGAACUGGAGCUGACAGAGGUGAAUGAAAGCUUGAAGAAAGCUCUUGCUGGAGGGCCCACACUGGGACUGACAAUAGAGCCAAAGUCUUCAAGAACGUCUAGCCCACAGUCCCCUAACUUGAUGCAUCGUACCCUCGAUAAUUCUCCAGCUUCCAGCUGUGAUACAAGUGACACUGAACCAUCAGCAUUGCCCGUAAAUGCAGCCGUUCUUGGCAGAAGACCAUCUUCCAUGGUUUCUUCCCCAAGUCGAGGACAUGUACGCAGGAAGGCCAAGGAGUGGGAGUUGAAGACUGGAACAUAAAAAUUAAAAAAGAGAAGAGUUCACAAUUUUUUAUAUUUAUUUCUCUAAACAUAAUGGUCCAGACCAGAAGCACUGUUACCGAGUCCUUUACUUCAUAAAAAAACUAUGCAGAGUUCAUGGUCUUCACACUACUUGCUGAAAGUUAGCAGAAAUUCUAUGUUGAAGUAUAGUUUAUAAUUAUAUUGUCAAUAUAGGGUGAUACUUAAAUUGUGUCCAAUGGACUCCUGACCUCAACUCAACUUCACCCUUCUCCCAUCUAUUGGCCAUUUGUAUCACUGCAGACAUAAACAUCACACGCUUUUCUUUUUUAGUGAUUGGAUUUUAUUGUCCAAAAUUAUUUUUCAAUCUCAACACUACAGUACAAAUGAAAUGCGUAUUUAUUACAAAAGAGGCAUUUUAGACUGAAAUUUUAAACUAUGAUUGUAUAAGCACAGUGACUAUUUUGUGUAUGAUGUUCCUCAAAGAAAAGUCUUCAUAGUAAACCAAUGGAUCCUGUACAGUUUGCAGUUUCCACACAGUUUUGACAAUUAUAAGAAUGCUGGAACAUAAAUGCGGUUAAGUUCUUAUGUCCUUCACAAUUGUCAGCCACUUCAUUAUACAUAGCCAUUAUCUGUUCUUAUUUUACACUGCCUAUUGUCUGUUUUUAUUGCACAGGGAAACAUAACCUAUGUUGUUUGUAUCAUACACACCCUUUAUUGUAUAUUUCUUAUCAUCUGCUUGUACCACAUAUACUCUAUGCUCUCUUUUUAAUCAUAUACACCCUUAAUCAUAUACGAGGGGUGAUUGAUACGUUUGUGGCCUAAGGUAGAAUGAGAUGAGUUAUUAACUUAAAACUUUCUGCAUAAUCAAAGAAUUGAACGACAUGUAACAAGAGCUGUAUAACUCAUCUCCUUCUACCUUAGGCCACAAACUUAUCAAUCACCAUCUGGCGAUCCAAGACGCCAACUUCUGCAAAGAAGGGAUCCGUAUGCUCUACGACUGCUGGACUAAAUGUGUAAAUGUAGGAGGGGACUAUGUUAAAAAGUAAAUGUGCUAGGUAAAUUGACUCCUUCUACCCUAGGACACGAACUUAUCAAUCACCCCUUGUACUUCCCCUUGUCUGUUUUUAUUGUAGACACCUUAUUUAAUGUUGGGAAUAGGAACUGGUGCUCAAAGGAAGUAAACAGUUUUUUGCAAUACAUUAUAUUCGUUCUUUAAGGAGAAAAUCACUCUUGUUGUGCAUACAUCUUGGUUCCCAAAGCUGUUGUUUAGAUAAUGGUUCCUUUCAGUAUAAUGUGCUGGCCAUUUGUUCCAGUUUGAGUCAUUCCAUGCCUUCCUCAAAGUUACCUAGAAUGGAAAUGUCUAUGAUGCACAGGUAAUUUUUGACAUAUAGAAAAGCAACAUUGAUAAAAAUUUAAACUUUGUUGUAAGAUAGUUCACGUGCUUUUAUAAUUAAAUAUGUAAUUAUGUAUAAUUUAAUUUGAAAUAAGACCAUAUUUAACAUUUAUUUGUCAAAACUCCCAUUUAAUUUCAAUGGUGAAGAAUUAAUUAUAUGAAAAAUGAAAAAAUGUGAAUUGCAAAUACUAGUUUUAGACUAGAGUUCAUUUUUUGCAAAAACAUUGUAGUAAUUCGAUGAGCAUUCUUGACUUUCACAUUAUAGUCUUGGUGACUCUGGCUGAAUCCUUGAAUUAUUUUUGUCUUACACAGUUUUCAAUAUCAUUUGGUUCCUUAUAUAUUAAUCAUGAAAGCAUAAAAUAGUGUAACUUUUAGUGGAGUCCUCAGACAGAAAUGGUGUUGACUUUUCAAGUCUGUUCAUUUUCUGUUUUCAGUGUAGAAGCCCAGUGUCCACAGGCUUUUGUUUAUGCUUAGGAACAUAGUCUUUUUGGUUCUUAUUUGGCCAUGUGAUUUUUUAUUUUCUCAGACUAAUCAGAAACAAACCUUUUGUGUAAAAUUGCUGUACUCAUGAAGAAACUUAGAAAUUUGUGAAUGAUAUAUUGUGCAUUACCGUAUUGCUUCAAGUCACUUGUCUUAGUUUAAUAUGUUGAGAAAAAACUUUAUUACAUGUGUCUCUGAAAUAGUUUCAUAAGAAUAUGGCAGCUGUACAGUAUUUAGUGGCAAGUAUUACGACUUUUUUAGUAAACAUUCCAAAACUAACAAUGUAUAUGUGAUCAAAAAAUGGUUCAUUCAAUUCUUGUGCCUUGUAAUGCCCAUUUUUUGUGCCAGUUCAUAGCUCACCUCUUCCAUCAUCAUUUUCAACCCUGAUGCUCCUGUCCCACUGUAGUCUCGCCCUCUCUACUGAUCUACUUCCAUCUGCUCUGUACUGAUGCUCCUGUCCCAUUCUAGUCUCGCCCUCUCUACUGAUCUUCUACUUCCAUCUGCUCUGUACUGAUGCUCCUAUCCCACUCUAGUCUCGCCCUCUCUACUGAUCUUCUACUUCCAUCUGCUCUGUACUGAUGCUCCUGUCCCACUCUAGUCUCGCCCUCUCUACUGAUCUACUUCCAUCUGCUCUGUACUGAUGCUCCUAUCCCACUCUAGUCUCGCCCUCUCUACUGAUCUUCUACUUCCAUCUGCGCUGUGCUGAUGCUCCUAUCCCACUCUAGUCUCGCCCUCUCUACUGAUCUUCUACUUCCAUCUGCUCUGUACUGAUGCUCCUAUCCCACUCUAGUCUCGCCCUCUCUACUGAUCUACUUCCAUCUGCUCUGUACUGAUGCUCCUAUCCCACUCUAGUCUCGCCCUCUCUACUGAUCUUCUACUUCCAUCUGCUCUGUACUGAUGCUCCUGUCCCAUUCUAGUUUUGUCCCUUUCUACUUCCUUCUGCUUCUUGCACCUUUGUGGUUUCACUUGAAAGGCAUUGUGACUACUAUUGUGACUACUCCAUACAGAAGUGAGUUUGCCUUCUCAUUAACAUCAGAGAAACCAAUAGAAGUUAAUCAAAAAUUGUAUCUGUUUAAGAUCUCACCUGAAAAUAUGUUUCUCUAGGUAAAGGAAGAUUUUGCUUUGCCUAGCAUAACUUGUAUAAAGUCCACAUCAGUUUUCUGGGAUUAAUCAUAGCAAAAACUGCCAACUCUUCAAACUGCAAGUGUCAAGUGCUAGGGCAACAGCCUCAUAAAAUAUAUUGCACAGAUAUUCAGAGACAUUCCUAACAAUUCCUGAAUAAUUCUUCCAAAUUAUUGAAAGGGGUUCAAUUUGCUUAAUAUUACAGGCAAUCUAUAAUUAAUACUGACCUAAAUAGUGGAAGCAUAAAUUUCAUAUCACCAGAUUAGGAGAUAAAGAUAAGCAAAAUAUUUAGAUUGUUUUAGAAUGUUACAACUUUUUUUUAACUGCUGCUUGCCAAAUAACAUGGCAGACAACAUUUCUCUGGCUGUCUGGCUGUAAUGUGAUGUGUAAAAACAACAAAAGUUAUAUGCACAACUCAUCAACACUUGUGUAAUAUCCAUAUUUCUAAAACACAGGGUAAAUGCAUGCAGGCUUUUUCACUGACAUUGGGUGAGACUAGAACUAAAGGUCAUAGGUUAAUGGUGAAAGGUGAACAUGAGGGGCAUCUUCACUCAGAGUGUUAAGAAUAUGGAACAAGCUAGCAGCGGACAUUGUGGAUUUAGGUUUGAUUUCAACAUCUAGAACAGAUUUGGAAAGGUACGUAGAUGGGAACGGUAUGGAUGUCGAAGGUCGAGUGCAGGUCAAUGGCACUAGGCUGAAUAAUAAUAUGGCAUGGUGUAAAUAGGUCAAAAGGCUUGUUUCUGUGCUCUGUGACUCUAUGACAAUGGUUAGAAGUAUUCAUUACAGGCUUCCAUUACAAUCAUUUGUGCAGAUACCACCAAUGUGAAUUAAAACACAAGAGUAUGGUUUGGGACUGGAAAUUUUGAGUAGAAGUACAUUUGGUAAAGUUUAUCGAGUAAAGCUGUUACUACACUAGAAAAUAAACAUUUUGCUUUUAGUCAUGUUUAAAUUCAACUGUAAAUCUAUUGCCAAUAAGCAUUAAUUACCACCCAUGAAAACUAAUAAAAUCAAAGACAAAUUCUUGGGCUAAGACACACUGCAAUAAAAUUUGACCUGGGUGUGAAAAAAUAAGCAAAUUUCCAUGCUUUGUAUGGCUUAUUUUUCUGUUACCAACUGAGAAAUUCCACAGGUGAACAUUGAAAGUAUUUGCUAUUAAUACACUUUUAUCCUUCAAUGCCUGGGUGCAGUGUCCGGGAUCAGGAAAUGUGCCUAUAAACUAGGUUUAAUUGUCUCACUUCAUUAAAGAUUUCUUUGUAAUAGUGUUAAUAGUUAUGGCAUUGAGGCAAACAUGCAUGCCACAGCAUCAAGUAGACUACAGAGUCACGCUUCUACUUCAGGGCUACAGAAGCAGACCUAUAGGUCUAGUUUUGAACUCCACAACAAAAUGGCCACCAGAGAAUUGUAGUCAGGACCUUUUUGGUGGCUGUAGGCUGCCUCAGAAGAGCACAGGUCUUAUUUCAAUGUCUUGAUGCCCUUUCUAGGAACUAUUAAUUUCCUCCCAUUCAAUCAGACUGCUAGGUGCAUUUUCCAUACUUAUAUUGGCCUAAAACUCAUACCGAACUGCCUCUUGGAGGUUGCCAAAGAAAUCUAGGCUUGAGUUCUUGCUAUUGCCAACAAGUGGAAUUGUAGGCAGAAACAGAUCUGCAUUGUGGAUAUUGGUUUCUUGCACUGGUAAUUAAAUAUAGUUCACAGGGUCCCAUAAUGUCAAUUCAGACAUGGGAAACAAGCCACAAUCAAUUGUGCCCCUAGCCUAUUAUGACAUGCCAAAAGUUAUAGGUUUGAACCUCUUUUCCCUCAGAAUAUUUCAUGACUUCUUGAAUUGCUGUCUCUGCCAAUAACAUUUAUUCUAUUUAAAUUAAACAAUAAUUGUCUUUAUCUCUUCGAUAUAUCAUAUGCCACAAUUAUAUUAGUAUCUCACGUUAGAGUUCUUAAAAUUGUGCAUCUUCUUUCUGGGUAUUCCAUUGGUGCCUCCAAAUAAUUGACUUUGUUCUGGCUACAUUCUUGAAGGCCAUCCUCCUCGACGUCAAUAUGCUUCUGAUUUUUAUAUGACAGAGCUUUUUCUAACUUCAUUAAAUCAACUGUUUUCAGAUUUCACUGAGCCAUUAUACACAGUUAUUUUCAGUAGCUCUUUAGCAGACAGAGCACCUGCUGCAAGGGUAUCAUGACAGUUAAUAUUUAUUUGUCUUUAAUAAUGAACUUGUGUAUAUGAAAUAUUAAUUGAAAACUAUAAAUUUGAGAUUAUAAAUGAUUAGAAAUUGAUAAUCCUCUCAUUUUCCAGACAAAAGUAGAACCUAAUCAAACAUGUGCCGUAAAAUAUUCAUUCUCUAUUCUGAACUUACACAAAUGUUUUGCUUUUGUAAAUUAUUAUAUAUUUGGUAAAGUGUUAUUUCAUUGUAUGUUCAUAAGCUGUCUUAUAAAGGCUUAAAACAAUUGACGACGCUAUGCACUUCUGUCCUUCAUGACCUUAGUUUUCACAAGGUUGAGCUUUCUUGGAGAGAAAGGAGAAACAUUUUGAGUUCCUGUCACAGAGCUGGGAACACAAAUGGAGAACUUAUGCAAUUGGAUGAAAUACGUUUGCAAAUUCUGUUGAUUUUCAUUCCGAACUUCAGCGUUAGAACUCCAAAUUCAUUAAAAUGUGAACUCAGUGCAGCUAAAAAAUGUGUAUAUCUGGAAUCCUCUCAAAUUGUAAGUAUUCCUAAAGCCUAAACACAUUCCAUUCAAAUGCAAUGGGGCACAUACUCAUUUAGUGCAAUGAUGUUGUAGUUGGGUCACUAAGAAGAAACCUAGUACUUUCCCAUCACCGUUUUUGACCCAGUUCCCAAAGGCAGAUCCGGCCUUAAGUGAUAAUUCUCAGUCCUCAACACCGCUGAGAUAGCAAAAACAUUAAAGCCUGAGGCUUCACUAUUGCCAGAGUUUUGAUCAAACUGUAACUUAUACACAUAAAAUGUUAGAAACAGUUAUCUGUGGAAUGAGAGAUUGUUAAAAUUUUAGGUUAAACACCAUCAUUAGACUUAAAAUAUUGUAAUUUAUUCUCUUUCCAUGUGACAGGUUGAGAGUUUGUAGCAUUUUCCAUUUUUAUUUUACAGAUGACCAGUAUCUGCUUUUUUGUUUUCCUUUAGUUUUUACAAAUGAGAUUUGCUUCUUUGGUCUGGUAGCAUUACCAUAAAGAUAUGGUGCAUAUCUUUACCCAUAUGCACCUGUUUCUGUGGUUUAUUUCAGCAACAAAUAAAUGUAAAUUCUUGCAGAAUUACCUGUCUAAUGGAAAUGCAUUCUUUUAUCCUUUUAAGAUUUAAAAGGCAAGUUAAACUUGAGAAGUGAGCAGACUUCAAUUGUGUUUAAAUCAAGGGCUGUAGAUAUUUUUUUUGUGUAUUCAAACAGACCUAGAGGAAUUUAGCAAAAAAGUGAACAGAAUACUGUAAUCACUAGACUCAAUAGUCCAUUGCACCUGAGUUAGGCAGUGGGAAUCCAACGCUGCUGCUGAUGUCUUGAAAGUAUAAUCAGUAAACAGUGGGGGAGCAGAACUGCUGGCAACUCUUUAACCAGAAGACUGUUGUUCAAUGCUGUACCCUAUCAUUCAUGGGAGUAUAUUAUAAUCCCUGUAUUACCACACAUGAACACAACACAUAAUAAAAGGGUGCCAUUGAAUUAAGUGGGAACUAGCAAAAGGAGACUGAAAACUGAGGUGUGAAUGACAGAAUGUGUAAAUUUAAGCUAAAAUAAUGCCUGUCACCUCUGAGCGCCAUUUAUUUGUCAUAUUCUCCAGCUUGGAUUGAGCUUUAUGUUUUGAAAUGGGCUUCCAUCUUUGCGAACUCUCAUUUCAUUCUAUGACUAAAUAUCAUAUAUUACACAACCUACUAGUUUUUCAAAUGUACCGAUGACAAGUGACUCUACCAAGGGAUUUUCUAACCACAGCUUCACUGUGAUGUAAAUAUGGCUUCUGAUUUGCCUGUAGGACUAGACAAAAUCUGAAUUGUAACCUCGAUAUUACUUUUAAAAAAAUCAAGUGUCAACAAAAGAUCCUGUAUAAACCAAGCUCAUAUAUGGCACAAGUAUUUCUGCACCUUAGUGUUUUGUUACUUUUAUUUGUAAACUGUUAAUGUCUUUGUGUAUUAGUCGAACAAGACUAAAUUUGUAUAUUAAAGCAAAACAAAUUGUAAAAAAAAAUGAUUUGCAAUUUUUUUCCUUCACUAAUCAUUCUAACUUGUGUCUCCCUGU